CAUAUAUAUAGGGUUUCACUCACUAUUAAUGUAGCCUAUUGUUAGGGUCACAUUUUGGUGAAGUAGUAGUGUGAUUAUAUCUUGAGAAUAUUUUGUUCAUAUAAAUCUGAGAUUUAAGAUAAUGAGAGGUGGGCGUCUCGAAAGAUUUGUGCUCAUUCCCUUCUCCAUCCGCUGUGAUUCCGAGUCAAGCGUUGCUCUUGCUGUCGCCGCCACCGCCUCUCCUAAACAGCCCAAAACUAGAGGAGUUAAGACCGGCGAUGAGAGCUUGAAAAUGAAUAGCACUAUUAAAAAUCAGAUUAUUUCAAAAGCGGCAUUGUCUGAAGGGUUACAAAGAUUAAUCAGACGCGUCUCUCAAUUCUUUGUGUACAAGGAAGAAAUGGAGCAGAUGGAAAAGGAGAUGGAGAUGGAAAUAGGGUUUCCAACAGACGUGAAGCACGUAACGCACAUAGGAUUAGAUGGAUCAACGACGACGAGCAGCUGCCUUAAUAAUUGGGAAAAUCUCAAAGCUUCCGAAAUUCUUUCAUUUCCUUCCAUUUCUUUGGAGCAAUUCGAGCUUGCCAUGGCUUCCCAAUCCCUUUAAUUCUUUCUCUGUACCAUCACUUAAUUUCUUUUUAUUACCACUAAUCACAAUCUUCUCUUUGGCCA